AUGCUCUCGUUAGGCAGCAACACCGUCGACGGGUGCAAUGGCGUCCCAUACCCCACCACGCCCGGCGCCAAGGCUGACGUUGGCCCCGGGUACAACGGCACUAUCCCCUCGGGCUCCUUCGCAUGCUAUAGCUCGCCGAACACGCUGGGAUCGCUGUGCUGCGGGCAGCUCGAGGGCCAGGCCUACGACUGGUGCGGGUGGGCGGCGUGCGUCGUCUCAAACCGGACAGCUUGGGAGUCGUGUAUCGAGCGCAACGGUCUCGCAGCCAACGGUGUCUCCCCGACCCAGAACGGGGGUCGUCGUCGCGUUGGUGGCCCUUGGCGUCCUUGCCGUGUCAUAGUCAUGAGAGUUGACCCGCCAUUGCGAUGCGACAGCGGCACGGCGGGAGCAUAA